UAUUUACAUUUACAGUUUGCUUGCCAAAAAUAGAAAAACGCGAACUUUGAUAAAAAUAGGAUAACACGAUGUUGAUCUUGUGUUUAUCUUUAAUCGUAACUUCUGCUUAUCUAGUGUGUGGACAAGUUCAUUCGUUGAGUUACCAUGGAAAUCAACUGAUGUUUUUCCACGAGAGAAAAACCUACGACCAAUCCCGUCUUGCUUGUCAACAAAUCAACAGCGAUCUUGUAAUUAUCAGAGAUGCGAAGUUACAAAACUUUAUAUCACCUUACUUGGAUUCUUCUAUCAAUGCAACGAUAUGGGUUGAUACAUGGCGUGUAGGUUAUUGGAUAGGUGGCACACGACAAGCAAAUUCAUCUACCUGGUAUUGGUGGGAUGGAUCGUUUCUAUCAUCACAACCUCCCAAUACAACUGGUUACAACAACUGGUUCGGGAUUGAACCAAACGGAGCCAUAUAUUACAAUUAUUGUAUUUUUGUGACACCUUAUUCCAAGAUGCAAGCUAGUGGUAAAACGUUCAACAAUAUCAAAGGAGGCUGGGUGGAUGACAGCUGUGACCAACUAAAAUAUUACAUUUGUAAAACAGGUCCCUAUUUCACCAACCCGUGCUUGAACAAUGGAAGUUGUGUUUCUUUAAGUGACAACUACAAAUGCAACUGUAAACCAGGAUUUGGUGGAAGUCGCUGUGAAAAAGACUUAUGCACAACAACGCCAUGUAAAAAUGGUGGAACAUGUAGCAUGGUUGGGAACAACUACACAUGCUCUUGUGUGAAAGGUUUCUUUGGCAAACAUUGUGAGAAUGAUAUUUGUUCGCCUUCACCCUGAAAUAACGGACGAACUUGUAUCAGGAUUUCGAAUCAUUAUAUUUGCUCCUGCCCGGACGGUCAUAUCGGCUCUCGCUGUGAUAUUGCUAACGCAAAUGAAAACAAUAACACACCAAGUUGGAGCUCUCCAAUUUCUAUUGCGUCUCUUGCGAUUGGUUUGUUUGGCAUUUUCGCUCUUCUGUUGGUUGCAUACAAGUUGAAAUCGGCAUCUCCACAACUAAAACAUCGUGACGACGAAAACCUACCCUGCCAAACUACCGAUCCAGCAGCACCAUCAACGACACGAUACGAGAACGUAAUACAACUUGGUGGUUGCAAACCAAAUUAUAAAGAACCAAAAGUAGAGGCUGUUUACGAAAUCUGAGACGAAGUAUAGCAGUGAUCGUGUAUUGCGCAAUCAUGUAGGAUAUAGACUUUAUUCGCAGUGUUGCUGAGUAUAAACGUUUUAACUUUGUGUUUAAUGGUGUAACUUUCUCCCAGAACGUAAAAUUUAGAAUAAUUUUUCCUGCUGCUCCUGAUUUACGUUAGUUCUCAAGUAAUUUAUCAAUGUUCAUAAUACUAACAGCCAACGUUGCAUAUUUUACAGCGUUUAAGAAUUUAGUGAAAUUCACAAAGAAUAUUUAGCGAUGACGAGGUUGAUAAUUUUAAGUUUACAACACAACGUACGAUCUGGGAGUUUUACGAUGCGCAUUUACCCACAUUCCUUAGUAAUUACUUAAUAGUUAAACGUGCCCAUUUAUUAGA